CUCUGGGUUUGGGCCGCCUCGCAUCGACAUGGCUAAGCGCACCAAGAAGGUCGGCAUGGUCGGUAAAUACGGGACUUGCUAUGGUGCCUCCCUCCGGAAAAUGAUGAAGAAGAUUGAAAUCAGCCAGCACGCCAAGUAUACCUGCUCCUUCUGUGGCAAGACCAAGAUGAAGAGGCGGGCCGUGGGGAUCUGGCACUGUGGCUCCUGCAUGAAGACCGUGGCUGGUGGUGCCUGGACCUACAAUGCCACUUCGGCGGUCACAGUCAAGUCAGCCAUCAGAAGACUGAAGGAAUUGAAAGACCAGUAGAAGCUCUUACUAUUUGAGACAUCUCUAGCCUAUAAUAAAUGGGUUAAUUUAUGU